GUGCAGGAUUGUGCAUUGGAAAUCACCAAGCUGGAGCCGUGUGUUUGAUAGCAGCCAGCCGCGACUGAGAGACAGACGAUGCUGCAGAACACUGCCUUUUUCCUGCAGUGUUUGUGUGCGGGAUUAGCCGCUACUUAGCUGUGUGUGUGGUGUGGUGUGUGUGUGUGCAGACGCAGGGCGCUCCGAGCCGCCAGCCAGCCGCGUCAGGUGGAUGCGCCUGCAGUGAUCCAGGUCGCCCCUAUGGAUCGCGUCCAUGGAUGUCUUCAAACCCGCUUUGGACAAUAGUUUGAGUCCUAAGGCGUGCGUUUCCUCGUCGGAAGAAGCAGAGGCAGAUGUUUUUCGCUGGCCCACACCGGAGAAUGGCAUCAGCGCCGCGCCGGAUGCGGCACCCGCAGCACCGGGCUUCUGGACCGCCGUGUUCGACUAUGAGGCGACUGCGGAGGACGAGCUCAGCCUGCGGAGGGGGGACGUGGUGGAGGUCCUGUCCAAAGACUCCCUGGUGUCGGGGGAUGAGGGCUGGUGGACCGGCAUGAUCGCAGACCGGGUUGGCAUUUUCCCAUCCAAUUAUGUGAGCAGCGGAGCUGGCAUUCCGGAGGAAAUCCGGGACACCUCAGAGCAGCAGUUCCCGGUGCCUCCUCUGCACCUCCUGGAGAUUGAUUUCUCAGAGCUGACCCUGGAGGAAAUCAUCGGGGUGGGCGGUUUUGGAAAGGUCUACCGCGCAGUGUGGCGGGGCUCAGAGGUGGCAGUGAAGGCAGCACGACGGGACCCUGACGAGGAUCCAGAGCAGACCUUGGAGAGCGUGCGUCAGGAGGCCAAACUGUUUGCCAUGCUCAACCAUCCCAACAUCAUGGGUCUGCUGGGGGUGUGUCUGCAGGAGCCCAACCUGUGUCUGGUCAUGGAGUACGCCCGGGGUGGGCCCCUCAACAGGGCCCUCGCUGGGAAACGCAUCCCUCCGUGCACGCUGGUGGACUGGGCCGUGCAGAUCGCCCGGGGAAUACUCUACCUCCACAGUCAGGCCAUCGUCCCCAUAAUUCACAGAGACCUCAAGUCCAGCAACAUCCUGAUCCUUGAGAGAGUCGAGAUGGAAGACCUCAGCAACAAGACUCUGAAGAUCACAGACUUUGGGCUGGCCCGAGAGUGGCACCGCACCACCAAGAUGAGCGCCGCCGGCACCUACGCCUGGAUGGCCCCCGAAGUCAUCCGCUCAUCUACGUUCUCCAAGGGUAGCGACGUUUGGAGUUAUGGCGUGCUGUUGUGGGAGUUGCUGACAGGAGAAGUUCCAUUUCGGGGAAUCGAUGGCCUCGCUGUAGCUUAUGGAGUGGCAAUGAACAAGCUGGCUUUGCCCAUUCCUUUGACCUGUCCUGAGCCUUUUGCACGUCUUAUGGAAGAAUGCUGGAGCCCAGACCCUCACGCCCGGCCGCAGUUCACAAGUAUUCUGGACCAGCUGACGGCCAUCGAGGAGUCUGGCUUUUUUGAGAUGCCAGCAGAGUCUUUCCACUCUCUGCAGGAUGACUGGAAACUGGAGAUCCAGGAAAUGUUUGAUCAACUGAGGACCAAGGAGAAGGAGCUGCGAUCGUGGGAGGAGGAGUUGACCCAAGCGGCACUGCAGCAGAAAUGCCAAGAGGAGGCGUUGAGGAGGCGCGAGCAGGAACUAGCCGAGCGGGAGAUCCACAUCCUGGAGCGGGAGCUCAACAUCAUCAUUCACCAGCUCUACCAGGAAAAGCCUCACGUGGAGAGCAGGCAGGGCAAGUUCCGCCGCAACCGCCUUAAACUGAAGGACGGGAACAGGAUCAGCUUGCCUUCAGAUUUUCAGCACAAAAUCACAGUGCAGGCGUCUCCCUCACAUGAUCGGCGGAGGAGUUUGCUCAGUAGCAGCUCCAGUCCUCCGAGCAGUCCGCCGAUGCUGCCCCGCCUGAGAGCCAUCCAACUCACCCCACGGGAGGGAUGUACAGCCUGGGGUCGCAGCACAUGUUUUCUGCAGGAUGAAGAGGAGAGUGAGAGGAAAGGGUCCAGGAAAAAGGGCAGAUCCCGAGGGUGUGGCCCAUACAGGGAACACAGCGCUGACGCAAGUGUAAAGCCUCCCCAUGAAGGCAGCAGGCAGCGGUCCUGCAGCGCCCCGAACCUUCGCAGAUCCCCGAGACACAGUCCAGCAGUGCCUGGAGUGCCAAGCCUUGUGGAGAUGGAAAAUGAAGACUGCUGCUUCACUACUGAGCCAGGAGCAGCUCCUGGUCAGUCCUACCUCUGCAUCCCCUUCCAUAAGGAGGGUAACGCUGCUGCUGCUGCUGACGGUGAUGGAGAUGAGUACUGCCCCACCGGCCAGGUUCCAGGAACGCCGCCAUGCAAGAAGAGCCCCGGUGGGGGACGGCGGUCUGAGCUGGUCCUGCUGGGCUGUGGAGCUCUGCUGGCAGCCGUCGGACUGGGCUGCAACCUGCUCACUCUGGCUCAACCGGAGGAGAGCAUCAAACCACGGUGGGAGGGUUUCUUCCACAGGACAGGGGGCCAGAGGCGGAGUACCAGCCCCCCGACUCGCAGACUGUUCCGGCGGGAAAGCCCGCUGAAGCCCUCAGCGCCCUCGCUGCCUGAGCGCGGCUUGCCCUCCUCUUACACGCUGCUGUCCUUAUCAUCAGUGUCUGACUGCAACUCCACCCGCUCGCUGCUGCGCUCUGACAGCGAGGAGUUGUUGGUCUGCCGCCCUGCCACACCGCUCAAACAGCAUCCUCUUCCUCCUCUCUCACAGCCUCAGGCCAUCCAAACACCGGUCAACCCGCUGGUCAACACCCACCUCGAAAGCUUCAAGCGCAACCCCCGACAGUCUCUCACACCCACACAUGUACCAUCUGCUCCAAGUUCCUCACGUAGCCUGCGUCGAAUACCAUCAGAUGGGGCCAUCAAGAAGAGCUGCCUCCCUAAUAAUCUGGAAACAUUGCCAGAAAAAACUGCAUUAGAGAACACAGGUGGGUUUAGAGGUGUAAAGGAAGACCGUCCUGAGGUUCCCCGACUUCCUGAUCCAAAUCUUGUGUUCCCUCCAACUCCCCGUCGUCGCUGUGCUCCUGAACGCCCAAAAACUCUUGACUUUGUGGCUCGGCCUCGGCCUUCACCAAGGGCACGCUGUGAUGUGUUCUGGGCGGACGCAAGGCCCAGGGGAAAUGGACAAAACCUUGGUAAUGGUGAUUCCCCUGCCCACACUUCCAGCACAGAGACUCCUCCAACUGUAGAGUUUGGUAGGGACCCCACAGUGCUGCCCACUCCCAUGGAGGCCCCGACGCCCUACUCCCCCCGCAGGAAGGGAAACCUGUUGGACCAGCUGGAUGAGGGACAGUGCCGGGAUGGAACCAUCCCACUCUGCAGACCAGAAAUCAGCUUUCCCAAAGACUCACCUUUCCGCUACAGACCUGGAUUCUGGUCCUAACUCAGCCCCGGCCCUUCACCGGCCCAACACAAGGAGGGGACUGUCCCUGCUGUUAGCCUUUGGAUUCUUACAGGUCUGGGUCAGUACUGACAGAAUGAAUCUGUUCUAGCUUUAAUCAGUACUUAAUGGGGACGGCUCACCUUUCCCCAUCUAUAAUAUUGUUACAAAAUUACAGGAAAACAUUUGCUGUGAAUAUUUUACCUUUCUGACAUUUGUUGUAUUGCCAUUUGUGAUAACAAUCCCCAAAUUUGUCAUCUAAAACUGCAAACACGAAACGGAACAGAAUAACCCUUUUUCUUGAGUUCUCGCUAUACAAAAACCCUGUCAUUUGUCAUUUUAAGGUUCUGUAUGUAACUUUUUUUUUAUUUUUUUUUUACCAGUAUUAGUUUUUUAUUGCCAAUGGAUGAACAGGUUGGAAACGUAACUUAUAAAACGAGACUUACCCUGACUUUAUCGGUUGCCUAUAACAGCCUGUGGACUAACUUUUAUGUAAAGGACUUGGGCCAAUUUUUUUCCGAAAAUCCAAAGAAUGUGACAUUAAGUGUGCUCCCGAGUGCCUUUCCUUUUAUUUAGCUCUGCUACAGGGCUAAUAAUGUGCAACAGUAGCUAACGUUAAUUGAGAAAUGAAGUCCGCUAACAUCAACAAACAACUGGCACCCACCAAAACAAAGUGUCCACAUAUGUUUCCGUUACAUUUUACGGUGGCAGCCUGGCAGAGACAGACCUUCACUUAGCCCCCUGUAGCAACCCCAAUUCAGCCAGAGCAAGACCGUGUACCAAGGAUCUGAUCCCAGACUGCCUCGAGUCCACCCAGCUCACUGUUAACCCCAGGGUUGGGGUUUAUGCUCGUUGAAUUUAAAUUGCUACUGUGGCUAAGUUCUGAGCUGCCAGCUACUUUAUCAUACCAUCUCUAUCAUAAUGUCAGUCCCCCUCAGUACUAAAAAGAAAUUUUAAUGUUAGACGAAGCGCUUACAUGUGAAAUACAUUGUGAUAUUGUUGUUUUAGCUGGCUAAUGUUAGCCAAUGUUAGCUUGCUAACAUGGACAACUUACUAGCAAGGUAACAUAGCAAAAAUACUGUCUUGGGAGAUAAACAUCAUGUACAUCAGGACUCCAGGGCUGAUCUGGCUGGUAAAUUGGCUAUAUUGCCGUUUGCAAAUUACUUUAUCAGCCAAUGAUAAGAAGCAACCAACGCCAGAUCAAUUGGUUAGGCCUACAGCUAGCUGGCUAUCUUAGAUUGCUUGCUAACGUUAUUGCUAGUAAUAUAGUAUCUGAGUGUUUGUGUCAGUUGGCUAGCUUGCCAAUUUACUUCUGCUAACAUGAUACAUGAUAUUAACUUAUAUAUUCUGAAAAUCUGUCUUGGUUUAGUCAACAAUGAAAGGUGUAUGGUGCACUUUCUACUAGUCAAGAGUGAUGCAGUGACGGCCAACUGUAACGUGAGCUAACGUUAGACAGCUAGCUUAUAGUUAACCCAUUCUACAUAGUGGCUUGAAAUGUCAGAUGAUAAUGUAAUUUGCAGAUGGCAAACUACUUAAUAUGAUGCAAUCACCAGAGGUAAAAAGCCAACAUUAGGCAAUAAACAAAUUACACAAUGGUUGCAUGACAUCCCUACUGCAAUGGGGCUGUAAAUGACGCAUGAUGAUGUUCUGUAGUCUCAUUCAGCCACUUGUUAGCAACUAUCUUUUUUAAGACACAGAAGGGGCCGUACACAUGCUGCAUCUGUAACCGAUAACAACUGGCAUCUAACCAAAAAACGAUUCUAAAAACCCUCGAAGAGGGAACCGAGAGGACGAAAAUGCUUACCCAUUUUCCGGGUUUUAGGACUUUGAAUCCUAGGAUAGCAAAGGAAUGACGCACCUUGCUCUUCCUAUGAUUGGUGAAUACUUGUUGCCUUUGUUGGUUAAAUUGGUUAGAUUUUGGCAAGAGGAGUGGGAAUGGUUAGGGUAAGGGUAAGAAUGUCAGAGUAAGCCAGUCAGAGGCAGACGUUCGCUAUCAUCUGAUUUCGCAAAUUCACUCCUGGGACACUCUAUGGUCCAAGUAAAAUGUGGGAACAUUGCAGAUAGCAAUUUUAUUCUAAAUAUGAUUAAAAUGUAUUUUCCAGCCUUGUUUAAACAUUAUGAGGCCAAUCACGGUCAGUCUUGUGUUUGUCACUUUUUUGGCCGAUGCCCAGGUGCUCGCUCGUGGCUACCGAGUACGAGCACCGCAGUGGGAGUAACAGGAUGCUAACUGCAGUUCAUUUAACGGCCUCAGAGAGAGGGGUGUCACUAUAAUAACAAGGAUUUUCUGAAAGUUACAUACAGAACCUUUAAGAUGUAAAUGUUAUGUUUGAAAAUAAACUGAUUAAUGGCUUGAUAGGCGUUGACAGUUUCACAAAGCUUUACUUUUGUUUCUUAAUUUCAAGCUUGCGUUAAAGAUUGUGCAUUUUAAUGAAGUGCACUUUUUGGAAAGCAUCAUGAAUGUAAAGCUUCAGGUUUUUUUCCAUCGUCAAAAAAAACAAAAACACUGUCUCUGUUUAUUUGUAAUUUGUUGUGUUAUAUGAACUCAUCUGUAUAACUCAAUCUCCUGUGCUAGUGGCUGAAGGAUUCCUGUUUCGUACCGAGCACCUGUCAUCACCAAUCACUAGUACACAGUAAUUUCCCAGGGAUGGGGGAUGCUGUUGUAUAAUAUGAGCACGUCUUUGCAUUAGCAACGGUCUUGAAACGGUGUCAGUACAGUAAUGCCUGACACCGUCUCGAGCUUUGUACGGUCAACUGAACUAUUAAGAAGAAUGUCACUGCUGCUUGGGUUUGAAUUGGGACCGAAAACACUGUCAGGAAAUCACGACCAAAUAUAUCGAAGAGCUCAUUCAUUCCACAUUGAGUUCGUUCUUUGUUUGUGACCCUGUCAGUGUAGCUUGUUUGGAUCCCAACCCAUCAGAGAAAUAUUUCUCCAAACUAAAAAGGGAACUUUGUAUUUGUAACUCUGUAAAUUGCCUCAUAAAUUGUUGAUCAAGAUAGAAUGAGGGAUGUAAAGUAUGUAAGCAACAAAAUGCACGAGUGUUGAGUGGCUCACAGGUGAAGCAGGCCCUGGUGGCAUGUGAAAGCUCAUUCCUGAUUUAUUUUGCUUUAUUUAUUGAUUAAUUUAUUUUUUAUAAUUAAUUAUAUUUGCCUUGAUUUUUGACACUCGUUUAUGUCCGUGAUUGUUCAUAGCGUUAAAUGUGGCUUCAAACAAAAUACAGCCACAUUUCACUUGUUUCAUAUUCAUAUGUAUGUUUCACACAUUUUAAAUAAUUUUCAGGUUGUUUUUUAACAUCUUAAACAAGGGUGCAAGUAGUUUUAACCCAACUAGAGAACAAAAGCUGACACGAUUAGUUGAUUAAUCAAAAUUCUAAUAGUUUAAGUCAUUUUUUAAGUUAAAUAAACUAAACAUAUCCUGGUUUCAGCAUCUCAAUUGCGAGAAUAUGCUGCUUUUUUUUGUGUGAUCUGAAAGUAAACUGAAUUUUUGGAGGUUUUGGACUUGUCUUGGAAAAACAAGAAAUUCUUGGGCUUUAGGAAAUUGGGAUGGGUGUUAUUUAAUUGAGAAAAUAUUCAUCAGAUUAAUUAGUAAUAAAAAAGAAAUUCCCUAAAUCCAACUGGGCUAAACGCAUGCAAACUGGUCUGUGCACAUUGAUGACUUUUUGUUAACACAUUUUGCCUGUGUUUGUCUUGAAUGAACUGGGGUUGAUAUUAUUUUCAAAUAAUUAUUCCGUUUUUUUUCUACCCUCCAAGACGAGGAAACUCACAAUAUUGGCGAAAGCACCAGGUUAGUGGUGCUGUCAGUUGUGAUAAAUCCUACCCAUCAACUGUCAGGUAAAAAAAAGCUAAUUAAUUAUUAGUUAUUUGAAAAUAGAAACCCUGACUCUGGUCUUAAUGCCUGUUUCUCUCAUUUCAUUUUCAAAUGUUAAGUGACCUCUCAGCCUGGAGGACUGUGUCCUCUGAGAUUUGAUCUGUCUUUAUCCCGAGUGUGACCCGAUGUACAUGUAAACGUGAAUGCUUUUUCUCCGAGGACUGUGCAGAAUGUGAUCAUGCUCUAUGUACACACACAGUAUUUCAACUACAGGUGCUAGUUGAAACAAAGCUCUCUUGAAUGAGGUGUAGCAAGCCAAGGUGUCGUUAUCUGUCUGAAAUGUUACCACGAAUAAGCUGAUCUUAACUGUUGCUGAUGGACAUUGUUCAGGUUGGGAAUAAUACUGUUACUGACUGACUUGUAUUUGCACUGGAACACACUGAUUUGAGUAAAAUCAUAGUAAAC